AAUCCUUUAUUAGUUUUUCGAUUCAGAAACCGUCUAAUACAUUUUUGUUUAAUAGAUUUUAUAUAUUUUUUUAGUAUGAUUGCAUGCUAUUAUGCAUUGCAUGUGCCUAACUAUUAAUUCGUACGUGUAUUGAUUUUUGUUUAAUGUAUUCAUUGGGAAUGAAAUUAAAACGAAGAAGAUGAAGCUGAUGAAGAGGAAGAGUUUGUACGCCUUAUGUAUGUGUGAAAAUUUCGCGCCGAUAUCUUUUCAUUUACAAUAGGGAACUGUGAAAAACUCUUGUACAUUAAAACUUUUAUAUCUUCACGGGAAAUUAGUAUAAAUUUGUAGUUUUAAUUCUCUAAAUAAAAUAAAUUGAGAGUAUAUAUAAAGGACAAUAACAAAGUGGAGUGUGUAUUGGGGGCAUCUUAUGCUACCGCAAGCUUAGCGUCGAAACCGACGAGACAGUGAAGCAGAAAAUUAAAUUGUGAUCUCAACACGCCGUGCUCAUACUACGGAGACAGUGAUUAUUCAGUAAAUAUUUUAAUAAACAUAAUGGCUCCGGCGAAAAAACGCGAAAAGGAUAAUGCAUUAGCAGCGCCGGCAGCUGCUAUAAGUAAUGUUGCAAACGGAAGUGUUAACUCUGUUAAUUGUGGUGGGGUAUCUUCAGCAACAGCUGCUGCUGCAUCUGCAGUCACUGCAAGUACUGCAACUAUAAACGUUGAUAACGUGAAACUCAAUGGACAUCAGCAAGAGCAGGAACUUUUUCUACAAGCUUUUGAAAAACCUACCCAGAUAUAUAGGUUUUUACGCAAUCGUCAUGGCACCAGUCCUAUAUUUUUGAAUCGCACACUUAGUUAUAUGAAGGAGCGCAUGUCGCGAAACAAUAAAAAACGCACAACAUUUAAAGUUAAUUCAAUAUUACAGCAAAUAACACAAAAAGCAGAGAUAGACUCAAAUAAAUAUUUGAAUAUUAUUUACAAUGGGUUAUUUGAUAAAAGUAGUUGCAGCGAUCAAUGGUGGAAUGCUGGAGAGUCGGUUAGUGUUGAAGCUACCCUUUACAAGAUAACAAAAAAUAAACGAAAAGAUAGCACCUCAGACUUUCAGGAAAUGAUGAGUUAUAGUUCAGAUGUUAAAUACAAUCCAGAUCAUGACAUUAGUCGCUUCUCAACUAUCAGUAUUCCGGUACAAUCAAUGCGUCCUCUUGGCGAUCAACACACAAUAUAUAAACUAUUGUUUCGUAUUAAAGUCCUACCAAAAUGUGAUAACAAUUCAAUUGAUGACAACACUGAGAAUUGCGACCCACCUUGCAAACGCGGAAAAAUUAGUACGAAAAUCUAUGGAUGCGAAUUGAUAGUAUUUGAGAAAAAUAUAUGUUUUAUACCUGAAGGGGAUUACGAAGCAGCGAUGCAGGAGCUCAAUUCGAUGAGCAUAAAAUCUUUUUCUCCAAAGAAACGUACGUGGGAGACAUUGCCAGACAAUUACAUUCCACUCUCGUUGAAAUUCGAUGUUUUCAAUCAAUUUCCAACUCUUAAGUUUCGUCUAACAUGGUCGGCCAAUGAAGUGCCUAGUAGUAUUGAUGCAAAGGAUCUUAACCUUUAUGGCGACUUGGCUUGUAUAAAAAAUGAGACAAAUGAUAAAAUACAAAGCAAUACAAAUGAGGUCGAAAUGUCAUUCAAUAGCAAUGUCAAUCAAACUACAAAUAUAGGCGCGCAUGUAAAUCAUAAUAAUAAUUGUGUUAAAACCAACGGUGCUAAAAGUGGUAUUGUGGCAGUAUCAGCAAAAGUAGAAAAAAUACAAAUAGUUUAUAAUUUUUUAUAUAGUAACAAUACACGACAACAAACGGAGUACACACAGGAGGUAAUAUGUCCAUGGUGUGGUUUGGAUUGCUUGCGUUUGUAUGCGCUGCUUAAACAUUUGAAAUUGUGUCAUGCUCGCUUCAAUUUCACAUAUCAACCGGCAGGGAAUGGCGCACGUAUUGACGUGACCAUAAACGAUUCUUAUGAUGGUUCGUAUGCGGGAUCACCGUACGAUUUGGCUGGUCCGUCAGGUUGUUCCUUUGCGCGAACAUGUGGUCCAGUGCGUCGUACAACUGUGACAAAUUUACUAGUCUGCCGCCCGCGUAGACAGAAAACCUGCCUAGACGAGUUUCUAGUGUUGGACGAGGACGAUUUAAGCAAUCAGCGUCCUUACAUUACAGGCCAUAAUAGACUAUACCACCACACGGAGACCUGCUUACCUGUACAUCCCAAGGAACUUGAUAUCGAUUCAGAAGGUGAAAGUGACCCACUAUGGUUACGGCAGAAAACGAUACAAAUGAUUGAUGAAUUCUCCGAUGUAAAUGAGGGCGAAAAAGAAUUGAUGAAGCUAUGGAAUUUACAUGUAAUGAAGCAUGGUUAUGUUGGCGACUGUCAAUUGCCGCUAGCUUGCGAAAUGUUCUUAGACUCGAAUGGCUAUGAGAUUAUACGUAAAAAUCUGUAUCGAAAUUUCAUUUUACAUAUGUGUUCUCUAUUCGAUUAUGGGUUAGUUUCACCAGAGACUGUCUACAAAACUGUACAGAAGCUACAGGGUUUGUUAAGUAAAUAUCCCGAGGGACAAGAGCUGAUGUCCAAACAGCGUGAAGCUCAAUUGAAAUAUUGGCUUGAUGUGGGCAUACAUAAACAAGAUGAACAGAAGCUUAAAUCACCACAAAAGCAAACACCAAAGCCCACGAAUAUAUCUGAAGUGUUAGGAACAGCUGACAAUGAUGUGUGUGGUACAAGCAGUGCCAGUAAAAAUACGGAAAACAAACCAAUGCAACCACCAACAAAGCGUUCAGCUACAGCUGUUAAACGUGCCAGUCUGCAUCUACAAAACGGUAACGCUAACAGUACUUCUGAUAAAUUGAUAAAUGGUUGCGGUAGUAAAGGAGUUGCCAAAAAGACUGCAUCUCAAGCUGUUGACGAUCAAGAGCCUCCCGCCAAUACCAGCGCAAAUAGUGGCAGUGCUAAAACGCCCAACGAUAAACGUGAGCGCCGUGGUGAGGCUUGCAGUAAUAGUAGACGAAGUAGCACAGCGUCAGCGGCUGUAACGUUAACCACAAAUGACCGCGAUGAGAAUAAUGAGCGCAAAGAUGCGCAAAACCUUGAGCGUCCACAUCGUGGUGGAGGCGUAUCAACAAAUAGUACCACUACUGCCGAAUCGCGUGCACAAACAAGUAAAAGACGACUGUCUGUAAAAGUUAUUGAAGAUGUGGAAGGAGGAGGCAAUGGCGGUGAAUGUGGAUAUAUUGGCGCAGAUAAUAAUAGGGAAGCGCUCGAAGCGAAUAAUAAUGCUAGUGACGUCUAUGAUGCUACUGUUAGCAAUAUACCGCAAACUGUUUUCCAAAGUGAAUCGACUGUUAAAUGUAAAAUAAAUAAUUUAUCAUAUGAUGAUGCCGAUGAUAAUGAUGAUGAGGUUGCAGACGAUGCAAGUCACUUAAAUACUGACGCAACUGAACGUGAUGUUCAUGCUGUUGAUGAUGGUAAAGAUAUUGACGAUUAUCUUUCUGCCGAAUUACGUGCUGAUGUGACAACAGCGUCCACUAUAACAUCAGAUGCUACAGUAGCCACAACUACUGAAGCGGAAAACGUUCUAUUGGAAAAUGUAUUGGAUAAUGUAUUACUAUAAAUACAUUUGUUAUACACAUACACUCAAACCUCAUUACAAGAGUGAAUUUGUACUUACAUUAUAAUACAUAAGUGCAAUUGGUAUUGUUUUGACAUAAAAUGUCUAGUGGAAAUGUAGAAAUUGAUUUAGGAAAUGCUAGCAUAUAAUAUGUAUGCGUAUGCGUGAAAUGUUUUACAGAACAUUCUGAAGAACUUUGUCUAAGAGGCUACAGGUUUAAAACUGGUUUCGAAUGAGCGAUUUUUAACGCGAAUUUUAUCUUUAUAGGAAUUAAGCAAAUUUCUUUGUCAGUUUUUUAAAUAUUUAAUGAAACCUGGAACAUAUUUGCAUUUUGAUAUUAUGUUGAUUGCUUGUCGGAAUCGGGAUUAGCUUUACAAAUGUUUAUCACAAAAAACGUAAUUUAUGCUUUUUUGUAUUUGAGAUAUAUAGGUUAAACAUAGUUGUCCGAUUUGCUUUACUUUCAUUGUCAUUGUUAUUAUUUUAGAUGUUGGCUA